AUGGCGAAACGCCUCAGCUCAAUCACACUGAUAUUCUCGCCUUACCACGUCGGCGUGCGAGGCGCCGCCGUCGGAGCAGGGCCGCUCCGGCUCCAGUCUCUCGGCCUGAUACCCGCACUCGAGAACCUCGGCGUCACGGUUCGAGAGAAGCAGCUCGAACCGGUCGACGCUUUCGAGGGCGAAAUCGGCCGCAGCUUUGAGCUGCUCAGGCGCACCUCCAUUGCAGUCACGGAAGCCCGAGAUUCGGGGUCGUUCCCAAUCAUCUGCUCCGGAAACUGCACCGCCAGCGUGGGCGUUUGGGCUGGUCUUUGCGGCUCAUCAGAGUAUGCUUCCAAGGCGCCACCAAGCUGCAUAUGGUUUGAUGCGCAUGAUGACCUGAACACGCCUGACACCAUCAUCAGUGGCUACUGGGACUCGAUGCCUCUGAGUAUGAUGGCAGGCAAGUGCUGGCGGGCUCUUCUGAAGACCAUUCCAGGGUUCAGAGCCCUCGACCUUAACCAGCUCAUCCACAUUGGCAUGCGUGAUGUCACCGAAGCAGAACGGACUGGAGUAGAGAAGGCUGGUUUUGACGUCAUCUGGGGAAGCACAGAAGAAAAGGUGGACUUCAACAAGGGGCUCGGGGAGGUGCUCAAGCUGAAGAAAGGCAAUAUGAGCGAGACGUUGGUGCAUGUUGAUCUCGACAGCUUGGACCCGUCUGCUGGCAGGGCAAGUAAGUACCUUGCGCCAGGGGGCUUGCUGGAAGAGGACCUCACUGGUUGUCUGGAAAGGAUUGUGGACGAGACGGUGCCGCUGUCGCUAACAGUGGCUUCAUUCGACCCUGCUUUCGACACUGAUGACCAGAUGGCGAAUGUAGCGAUCCGUGCGAUCAAGUCCUUUGUUGGCUCGUUGCUUCAGAAGGGCUUACUGAUGCCUCAAUGA